AUGAUAAGAUUUAUUCUGAUCCAAAAUCGUGCAGGCAAGACUCGUUUGGCUAAAUGGUACAUGAAUUUUGAUAAUGAUGAAAAGCAGAAGUUAAUCGAAGAAGUACAUGCUUGUGUGACUGUACGAGAUGCUAAACAUACUAAUUUUGUAGAGUUUCGGAAUUUCAAGAUAGUUUACCGACGUUAUGCUGGCCUUUAUUUUUGUAUUUGUGUUGAUAUCUUAGACAAUAAUUUAUAUUAUUUGGAAGCAAUUCAUAAUUUUGUGGAAGUUUUAAACGAGUAUUUUCAUAAUGUUUGUGAACUUGAUCUGGUCUUCAACUUUUACAAGGUCUACACGGUAGUAGACGAAAUGUUUUUGGGAGGUGAAAUACGCGAGACUUCGCAAACUAAAGUGCUGAAGCAGUUGCUAAUGCUGUCAUCGUUAGAAUGA